CUUUACUCCGCUUUUACAUGGGAGCGCGUGUGGGUGAGCGAACGGACCAAAUGUACGCGGCGGCGGCAGAGAGAGAGGGAGGGAGGACAGGAGACAGUGCGCAGACAGGCGGCUCGGCACAUCAGCGGCGCAGCAUCUUCCUCAACCUCGUCUGAUCCCGACCGGCCGCGUCUUCAGCUGCCACCCCUCUGAUCCUGAUUCCACUCUAGCCGUCCGUCCCCGACUUUCUGUGGAGCUGUGGCUUCUUGUCAGCCGCGCUGCCAGUCUCUCCUGGCCCUUCUCUUAUUUCGCUCCAGUUUGUUGAAUAUUUAAUGGAAAAUGGCGAUCUGCGCUCAGCCGUGCGGCAUUUUCUGCCUGUUCACCAUCCAAACUCUACUUAUCGUAUGUGUCUCCACGCCGACAGCAGGGACCCACCUCUUCCCCCAGCACUACACAAUGAUUCACUGGGCCGGGCGCAUCGAGAAGGAGCUGGAAAAGGUUCUGCAACACGUCACCGGGACUCAGCAGAUGCGAUCGAUUUAUAAUGAGAAGAAGAGCCAGUUUGAAAUCAAGAGAAAUAACCCAAAGGACUUGGUGGAGAAAGUGGCACGAGACAUCUCCAAGCUGCUCGACAGUAAGAAGAAAGCCCUAAAAAAAUUGGCCAAAGAGGCGGAGUUGCUUCAGAAGGAGCACGUCUGGCAAGACUGGGUGAAGGAGAGUGACAUUUCAUACUACGAUUCCAAAGCGGAUUCAGACUAUACUGAGGAUGGAGAAGAGGAGAACUUGCUGGAAAACCCGUUCUCUUUGGAGUUGGAGUUUGUGGAUGAUCCCAAUUUUAAAAACAAGGUCAACUACUCAUCCAGUGCUGUGCAGAUUCCUACAGACAUAUACAAAGGCUCACCAGUCAUCCUGAAUGAGUUAAACUGGACCCAGGCACUGGAAAGAGUCUUCAUUGAAAACCGGCGGGACGACAGCUCUCUGCGCUGGCAGGUGUUUGGCAGUGCCACGGGAGUUACACGAUACUACCCAGCUACUCCAUGGAGAGCACCUAAUAAGAUUGACCUAUAUGAUGUCCGCAGAAGACCGUGGUAUAUCCAAGGUGCAUCUUCUCCAAAGGACAUGGUCAUCAUUGUGGACGUGAGUGGAAGUGUUAGCGGACUUACCCUGAAGUUGAUGAAAACCUCUGUGGUGGAGAUGUUGGACACGCUUUCAGAUGAUGACUAUGUGAAUGUAGCCAGGUUCAAUGAGAAGGCUGAUGCUGUUGUUCAGUGCUUCAAGAAUUUGGUCCAAGCCAACAUUCGUAACAAGAAGAUCUUCAAGGAGGCCGUCAUGCACAUGCAAGCCAAAGGAACCACAGACUACAAGUCUGGUUUCACAUUUGCCUUUGAGCAGCUUCUCAAUGAGAGCAGCACCCCGAGGGCCAACUGCAAUAAGAUGAUAAUGAUGUUUACAGAUGGCGGGGAGGAUCGUGCACAAGAAAUCUUUGAGAAAUACAACUGGCCCAACAAAACUGUCCGUGUGUUCACCUUCUCUGUUGGCCAACAUAAUUAUGAUGUCACACCUUUGCAGUGGAUAGCUUGUGCCAAUAAAGGUUACUACUUUGAAAUUCCAUCGAUUGGCGCCAUUCGAAUCAACACCCAGGAGUAUCUGGAUGUACUGGGCCGUCCUAUGGUACUCGCUGGUUCUGUAGCAAAGCAAGUCAAGUGGACAAACGUUUAUCAAGAUGCUCUGGGUUUGGGUCUCGUCAUCACUGGGACGAUGCCAGUCUUCAACCACACUGCUGAUAGUGGGUCUGCUCAGAACCAGCUCAUCCUUGGAGUCAUGGGAGUAGACAUUGCAAUCAGUGAAAUUAAAAAGAAGACUCCAACAUACAGACUUGGAGCCAAUGGCUAUACGUUUGCCAUCGACCCAAAUGGUUAUGUCCUGUUACAUCCAAACCUAAGACCUAAGACCAUUAACUUCAGGGAGCCUGUCACUCUGGACUUUCUGGAUGCAGAACUGGAGGACAGUAACAAAGAAGAGAUCCGUCGGCAGAUGAUUGAUGGCAAACCAGGGCAAAGGAAAAUCAAGACACUCAUUAAGUCAGUUGAUGAGAGGUACAUUGACAAGGCCGUACGGACGUACACGUGGAUGCCUGUGGAUGGCACAGAUUAUAGUCUAGGGUUGGUGCUGCCCACAUACAGUGAGAACCACAUCAAGGCAAACCUGAGUGACCAGAUCCUUCAGGUGCAGUAUAAUCUUCCCCUUUCUGUUGCAGAUUUUGAAUCCCUGCUGCCAAACAGUUUUGAGUCUGAAGGACAUGUAUUCAUUGCUCCCAGGGAAUACUGCAAUGAUCUGGAGCUAUCCAGCAACAACACAGAGUUCCUGUUGAACUUCAUUGCUCUCAUGGAGAAGGUGACCCCAGACUCCAAACAAUGUGACAAUUUGCUCCUUCAUAACUUGAUUCUGGACACUGGAAUCAUCAGACAGCUGGUGGACAAAGUGUGGAAGAAUAAAGACUUAAAUACAUAUGGCUUUUUGGCUGUGUUUGCUGCAACAGAUGGAGGCAUAACAAGAGUGUUUCCAAACAAGGCUGCAGACACCUGGGAGGAAGACACCGAGCCCUUUAAUGCCAGCUAUUACCGACGCAGCUUAGACAACAAGGGCUACAUCUUUCGAGCUCCAUACCGAACAGGCAGGGACGAGCAGCUGAACCCAGAGAACGAUACCAUCGGGAUCCUGGUCAGCACAGCGGUAGAGAUGACAAUAGGAGGGAAGACCAUCAAACCUGCAGUGGUUGGAGUGAAACUAGACCUUGAAGCGUGGGUGGAUAAAUUCAAGAUUCUUGCCAGCAAUCACACAGACAACCGCCAAGGCUCAAACACGUGUGGACCAAACAGGGUUUGUGAAAUGGACUGUGAAGCCAACAGUGAUGACCUCCUGUGUUAUUUAAUAGAUGAUGGUGGAUUUCUAAUCAUGUCCAAUCAGAAGGAAGACUGGUACAAGGUGGGCAUGUUCUUCAGUGAUGUCGACCCAUACUUGAUGUACGCACUCUACAACAAUUCCUUCUACAGCCGUAAGCAGUCUUUUGACUAUCAGUCUGUGUGUGAGCGGAUGCCAAACAGUGAAGCUGGAGCUGCACCGCGACAAGUGUUUGUGCCCACAAUUGCAGAUUUUGUAAACGUGGCUUGGUGGACAUCAGCAGCCGCAUGGUCCUUGUUCCAACAGUUUCUGUAUGGAGUGGCUUAUCACAGUUGGUUUGUCACAGACGAGGUGGAUGCUGAAGGAUUCGAUGUCAAAGAGAGGAGCUGCGUAAUGAUCCAGACGCAGUACUACUUCAGUAACCUCAGCAGCUCCUACAACAUACUGCAAGACUGUGGCAACUGCUCCAGGCUGAUUCAUGCCAAAAGGAUAAACAACACCAACCUGCUGUUUGUGGUGGCGGAGAAGAUGCCUUGCAACACCUGUGAGAUAGAGAAGUUGUCCCAAGAGGAGGAGGAAUUCAAAGAUGAUAAACCAUGUGAGGAAAUGAAUGUGGCACGCUACAGAAAAGGACCCUCCAACUGCUUUGACAAUAAUAUUGCUGAGAACACAUCAGAUUGUGGGCGGGGCCACGCUUUCCGUCCUUGCCUCUACACUUUACUGCUCAUUCAGCUGCUGCUGCUUUAUCCAACCUUCAGCCCUCAUGUUCACUCACUACUACAGUAACUCCAUUCCUCCACGUGUCCUCCACAAGCUUGUUUCCUGCCCUGUCUUUAACCCCGCCCCUCACCAAAUCCAUGCCCCUAUGCCCCACCCCUGAUAUAGUAUAAUGCUAUAGGUACCUGACAUAGGUAAUAAUGGGACUUCUCAUCACAGCAAGUUGGAAGCCCUGAGUGCCACGCUACCCAGCUCGCUUCAGUUCUUGUCGCUUAGUGACAACUGCCGGACAUUUGCGUCCUCAGCCAGUUAACCUUCAUCUGCAGGAAGAGUAGGCGGUGUCGGACCGCUGGGAUCAUCGGCGGCAACAUCGGAAAAAACAAAACAAGCCACAUGACCCAUUGCCUAUAAGAGAGGGAGGGAACAGACAGGUUGAUGUCAUUGUCAUACGGACUGGAGAGUUUAGGACAUUUGUCCAUCUUCGCCAGUGUCUUUGGGACAGACGGUGAGACAUGGACUCCCCCCCCUCUCUAUCGCUCACCUUCAUCUCAGAGUCUCACCGCUCUGUCAUUCUCCUCUCCCGAGGAGCCGUGGACCAUUCAGCAAGUAUUAGCCACCAGAAAAGAUAAAAAAGAACUUUCAUGUAUACAAAAUGUCACGUGUAAACUGCUGAAGUGAUGCAUACUCCAAAUGUACGUAUAUUUAGGUGAUCAUUUGAAAUGGAAGUCGUUAGGUGUUUAAAAAGACAUGAGUUCAUUUAUGCACUAUAUCUACUUGCCAAAAUGAGAUAGACUUUGAUGUGGUCUUAUUUUUAUAGCCAAAACACAGAGGAAAGUGGCUUCAGAUUCAGAUUGAGGACAAACUGUGAUGAAAAGACAGAAACUGAAUGCUGAUUCAUUUCCUGCUGCUCCACAGAAAACACAUCCUAAGAGGAUGAUUGAAAUUAUACAACAUUUAUCUCAUUCUUUGGAGUAUUUUUCUUCUAUGUCCAGCUCGUGCUGACGUAGUAGUUUUGAGACUGCAGUAAAAUAUCAAUCAGUGUUCAGUUACAGCCGAUUUGUUGAUGUCGUGUCAUGUUCUUUACCACCUAUGGGCUGUUCUGACAUCUGGUUCAGACUCAUGUUCACCAAACAAAACCAUUCUGCGCUCUGUGAUGUGAAAGCUCGUCUCUGCCAAACCUCACGAAGCGUCUCCUGUUAACUUUAACGCUCCUGAUCUAAGAGUCCACACAAGCCCUCUGCCUCCCGAACAUCUUGUGGUAGUUCCAGCUGGGUUUUUGGCUUGUCUUACCUUUUUGACUGAUGCUGUUCAAACUUCAUUCGCUGCUGGGGGUUUAGGGGCUUUCAACAUUUCCAAGGGAAAUGCAGAAGAGGCCACUAAAUAUAAUGAUCACAUAGUGGUGUGGUUGUAACUUUCACCAUUUGUUAUUUGGUCAUUAUGACUUGUGAAAAGGCGUUUAGCCUCCUGUGUCGAGGAGCUACUGUUUCAUAGUGCCUUGAUGCACUUAGUUUUGGGGCGCACUGGCUUGUUAGGGUGAAGAGACCAUAUAGUAGCUUUAUAAGGCAUCUAGUCCAUGGACCAAGCAGGUUUUUGGGUAUCAUCUAAGGGGACUAAACAGCACUUACAAUCCAGCCUCAAUCAUCGUCUGCCUGAAUCAUAUGUGUGUUUGUGGUUGUGAGUGGAUGUACGUGUAUUUGCUAGGUUGACUUAAAAAUCCUUUAAGGGAAUGUCUUUCAAAAGAGUGACACGUGAGGAAUGACCGUUGUAGUCGCAUAGCUGUUAUCCAGUUCCUACGGUGUAAUACAGUGUUGCUGUGGAGAAAAAGAAAGGAAUUCAUCACUUACCGUCAAUUGAGCUUAAAUAUAUUAAAAAAGCAUUUCAGCCUCUUUGAUUCAGAGUUGUCUGAAAGAAUGUGUAGUACAUCAGUGUUUCAAGUGCAACAUAGCCUCUCUAAAUGCCUUAGUGUUACACAGAACAGAGAACUAACACGUUUCCCCUUCAUGUACACUCUAUUACCCACAAAUAUGUCCUCCAAAAUACUCUGUUCCUGAGGUUUCUUGGUGUUCUGAAGUAAGUAUAGUGAGCUCUAAUUUUUGUUCUUUGAGUCUUGCGAUGAUUAGUUAUUGACCCUGCUCGAUGAAUGCUUGAAGUGGUG